AUGGAUUUUGUUAGAAUAAAUUUGGUUUGGAAGCUCAACAACACCACCAAGCUUCUAGCACUCUGUGCUCUCUUCCUCCUAUCCCUGGAUGCUAAACCAAUCACGAUGGAGAUCACAUUGAGUGGACCGGACGACAAAUGUAGCAAGUACACAAAACGUGGAAAUGAUUUUUUGGUCAUCACACACGCCCGGAUUUUUCAAAUAAAAGAUGAAGAUUGGAAUAUCGGAGAAUUGCAGAUACACGGAAAUAUUGAGUGCCACGGAAAACAGACAAACGCAACAAAUUACGAUUUCGACUGCGAUGGGAAAACUACCGAAGAUUACGACGGACUAAACAUAAUGUUCUCUGUGACGACGCGUAAGCAAAUGCUUUCCGGUCCGAUUGACUAUCGUUACACUGAAAGUUCCAUGCAAUUGAUCAAGAAUGGCUAUCUGAACCCGGCGAAUUUAAAUAAGCAGAAAUUCCAUCACGACCAACAUAUCCAUAUCAAGACGGUCACAAUUACUGGAUUGGCGAAAGAAGGCGACCGAUUUUCCCCUAGUAUGAUCGAUUGUCACGACAAAUUCCCACAAAAGUUGAUCGCAGAUCAUGGACUCUACAUGUAUGAAGGUGCCGGAAAGUAUGAUAAUAUUCUGCAACGGAUGUACUUUGAGCCAGACAGUACUGGAGAGUAUAUUGUGGUCACUGAUACUAAACUAUCAUAA